AUGACGAAUUUACUUAUUAGUUUAUUCGAUAAUACAGAAUUACUCACCGAAGAAAUUCAAAGACAAAUGGCAGAAUGUCUAUUAUUAAAAACUGAUUUUAAUACUACAAAGGAGCUAGCUAAACUCGAAUUGUUUAAACUUCGAUUUGGCGAAUCUAAAAUGUCAACUGUUGAAGUAAUGGUUAAAGAUAUUUCAGAUUCAAAAAGAAUAAAUGGAAAUAUUUAUAAUAAUAAUGAAAGAUUAAUUCGUAAAAAUGCAGCCGAGUCAUCAGAUCUUGAAAUAAUUUUAAAUAAUGAAAAUGAAAUUUUAUAUACUUCCAUUCUUUCAAGAUUAUUUUGGCCAACUAUUAAUAAUGAAGAAUUUGAAGUUCCGCCUCCAAUAUCUGAUGAAAUGAAAACUUAUAAUAAUGCCUUUCAAAGUUUAAAACCAAGAAGAAAACUUAAUUGGUUACCUUCACUCGGCAAAGUUCAAUUGGAAUUGGAAUUUCAAGGGAAAACACUUGAAAUGGAAGUAGAACCGGUUCAUGCAACAAUUAUAUACCAUUUUCAAGAAAAAGGUAUAUUCAAGAAACAACGUGAUGAUGCAGCUCGGUGUUUAGUAAAUAGUUGGAUGGAUGAUAAAAAUCCUAAUUUUGAGCUGAUUGAUGAAUUGGGACGUACUGAAAUUCCCAUAGAAAAUCAAAAUGAUGAUGAAUACAAUUUAGAUGAUGAUGAUAAUUGGAUACCGGAUCCUGUGGAUGCUGGACCUGAAUACAAAUCAUCAAUAUAUCGAUUAGCUGAUAUGACGAAUUUACUUAUUAGUUUAUUCGAUAAUACAGAAUUACUCACCGAAGAAAUUCAAAGACAAAUGGCAGAAUGUCUAUUAUUAAAAACUGAUUUUAAUACUACAAAGGAGCUAGCUAAACUCGAAUUGUUUAAACUUCGAUUUGGCGAAUCUAAAAUGUCAACUGUUGAAGUAAUGGUUAAAGAUAUUUCAGAUUCAAAAAGAAUAAAUGGAAAUAUUUAUAAUAAUAAUGAAAGAUUAAUUCGUAAAAAUGCAGCCGAGUCAUCAGAUCUUGAAAUAAUUUUAAAUAAUGAAAAUGAAAUUUUAUAUACUUCCAUUCUUUCAAGAUUAUUUUGGCCAACUAUUAAUAAUGAAGAAUUUGAAGUUCCGCCUCCAAUAUCUGAUGAAAUGAAAACUUAUAAUAAUGCCUUUCAAAGUUUAAAACCAAGAAGAAAACUUAAUUGGUUACCUUCACUCGGCAAAGUUCAAUUGGAAUUGGAAUUUCAAGGGAAAACACUUGAAAUGGAAGUAGAACCGGUUCAUGCAACAAUUAUAUACCAUUUUCAAGAAAAAGAUACAUGGAAAUUGGAUGAUUUGGCAAAACAGAUGAAAUAUGAUCCACAAAAACUUAAAUAUAAAAUGGAAUUUUGGACAGAUCGUGGUAUAUUAGGAAAGAAAUCUAAAGACGAAUGGGUUCUUUUAGAGAUGGAAACAAAGGCAUCAUCAACAAAUAUCUAG